AUGGUAUUUAUUCUAGGAAAUGAAUCUGAUAUUCAGAGAUUUGCUCUAGAUUGGUGCUACAGUGACGAUGAUAUUCUGGGAAACUAUGUUAAUAGAUGGAUCGUUCAUGCUGUUAAGCGUAAUGUUCAAGAAAUGACUUUAGAUAUCUGGCAAUAUUAUCGUUCAACUUUUGAAAUUCCUCAUCAACUUCUGAAUUGCAAAUCAUUGAUUAAGUUGGAAAUGCAAGUGAAUACUGGUGCAGAAUAUGCAGAUGUUAUUUUACCAAAAUCAAUGGAUUUACUUAAGCUCAAAGUUCUGCAUCUUCAUGGAUUUUCGAUCUCCAACGAAGAACUAUAUAAAAGGCUCUUUUCAAGUUGCCCAGUUCUUAAAACGUUAGAAAUAUAUAGUUGUGACAUGCCAAAUUUGAUUGUUAAUUCUCUCAGCCUCGAGAAUUUCGUGUACAAACAGUUUCGUAGUACUAUGGCCAACAUUAUCAAGUUGACUGCUCCAAAUCUCAAAGACUUCGAGUGUAGGUCUUUCAUUAACAGUUGUGACAUACCAAAAUGUUCUCUUCUAUCCAAUGUACAGUUUGACAUAAUAGCAACAAUGUGCUUAUCUUUCAUUAAGAAAUUCUUUAUGUUUAUUACAAAGAAGUUAAAACUUCAUUACAGACACAGGAUCCAAUCCUCAAGUAUUUAUAUUGACCAAUCACAAACACUACUUUCACGUGUACACAAAGCGUGUGACAAUUGCCAACUGUGA